UUCCAGCAGCUCAAGAAGGCGCUGGAAAAGCGCUUCCCGGGACGCCUGGACAUGACCGGCGAAGGGACCCGCGAGGUGACGGGCUGGUUCGAGGUGACCGUGGGCGGCCGCCUGGUGCACUCCAAGAAGAACGGAGACGGGUUCGUGGACACGGACGCCAAGCUGCAGAAGAUCGUGGCCGCCAUCGAGGCCGCCUUGGCCUAGGA